UCUGGAACUCAAAGGAAGGUUGAUUUAGGGGCCGAGCUCCUGGUGGGACUCAGACGUGUCAAUGCCGCCGCUACCGAGUGGGCGUUUUUGGCGCGCAGUGCUCUUGCAGUCCUACAGCGCAAGGCUCUUGGCAGGGCACCGCGAAGCUUCGAACGGUCGGGGUUGCAGGUUGUACCCCCAUGCCGGAGCAGAGGAGCUGCGGGGAGAGCUGGACAGAUUCGGGGGCGUCUCGGUACGGCUGGCGCAACGCGGCGCACUGGACCACCUGGACGCCGCCUCAUUCCAGAGGGGCUUGCAGGCUGCAGUACAGCAGUGGAGAUCAGAAGGUAGGAUAGCGGUGUGGCUGCACAUUCCCAUCCUCCAAAGCCGAUUUAUUGCCCCUGCUGCUUCCCUGGGUUUCUGCUUUCACCAUGCAGAAUCGGAUUCAUCCACGCUGACACUGUGGCUGGGAGAGGGACCCAGCAGAUUACCAGGAUAUGCUACACAUCAAGUAGGAGUUGCAGCAGGAGCUGUAUUUGAUGAAAAUACUAGAAAAGUAUUGGUUGUACAAGAUCGAAAUAAAUUGAAAAAUAUGUGGAAGUUUCCAGGAGGCCUGUCAGAGCCUGGAGAAGAUAUCGGAGACACAGCAGUUCGAGAAGUUUUGGAAGAAACUGGUAUAAAAUCAGAAUUCAGGUCCCUCCUGAGCAUUCGGCAACAACACACCAAUCCCGGAGCUUUUGGGAAAUCAGAUAUGUAUAUCAUCUGUCGCUUAAAGCCACAUUCAUUCGCCAUAAAUUUUUGCCAGCAUGAAUGCUUAAGGUGUGAGUGGAUGGAUCUCAAUGACCUGGUUAAGACUGAAAAUACAACUCCCAUCACCAGCAGGGUUGCUAGGCUGCUGCUCUAUGGGUACAGAGAAGGGUUUGACAAGAUUGAUUUCACCAUGGAAGAACUUCCAGCAGUUUACACAGGCUUGUUCUAUAAACUCUAUCACAAGGAACUGCCAGACAAUUACAGAACUAUGACAGGAACAGAUUAAAUCCAUAUUUGCAUGUUUUAAAAAAUGGUAAGUAAAUUGUAUAUGCAGAAUAAUGUGUGCCAUAUUAUAAAAUGUAGUGGAUAUUUGGAGUUAACUAAAUAUCUGACUUUAAUUUUCUAAUGUGUAUAAUUUUCAUGAAGAAAACUUCUUUGAUGAAAAUGUGCAAAUUUUAAAAGCCUCUUUUCAGAUGAAGCAAAUGUAUGAAAAAGACUGUAGCUCUAAGUAAGCUUCACUGGAUAAAGGCAAAUGCAGUAUAAAAGGUGGAAGUCUAUACAUUUUCCAGGAAUUUUUGUUGCUUUUCUUUAGUAAGGCAAUGGUUAAAUAUUAACUAUUAGAUAAAAGGCUAUCUGACCAUUCUCCAAACUGAGCAGGUAGCUGUACACAUUUUUUUUCUUUGAUUAACGAAUUUCGAAAAUGUAUGUCUUCUUUCAUGUGAAAUGAGAUCAGAUGCUGCCCUUAAGAUCAGCUCUUAGCAGACAUUGGAAGAAAAAGUAUAGCUUUCUGCCCAGGUCCUGUUUUGGGUCCAAGUUUAUACUGCCCAGUUCGUUUCAGUGCCACAUACCAACUGGAGUAUUUCCUUGACCGGUAAGUAUUGUAGUUAUUAGAUUCCAGUCGCUCAAAAAAGAAACACUCAUCGGUAACACAUUUCUGAAAAAUAAAGGAAGAAGUAGUAGUUACUAUUAUAUUUUCAUAUGAAAUACUUACGACACUACACUGCCCAUUCUGCUCAACCAGCAGCAGUGCUCUUGGCUUCAGCAGACAGUCCAACUAGUGUGCACGAUUCAACAAACCAAAAGUCUGACAGAAUUUACCUCUGCGGAGGGAUGCAGGAAGGAACACAGCAAGUCAGCAGAACUUUCAGGCACAUCUCUUCAGAGGAAGAAUCCAAGGACCAUCCUCCAGCCCCCCAAGGGACAGAUCAGGGGUUAGGCAGCAAGAGCACACAGAUGUAGUGGCAACCACACUGCCUCGGACUUGAAACAUCCCGUGAACACAGCUUUCACAGAGGGGGAUACACCCAGUACCAAAGAGCAAUAGUACACUUGGGAAACCCAGAGCUGUGGCUUCCAGCUAGGUAUUUCUGGUGCAUCCAUAUUCCUCCCAGUCCAGAGGCAGGCUACCAAUCAGGGAUCAUUUCUACUUCUAUCAGGGUUCCAUGCAACUGAUGGAAGGGUAACCCAGAGGUAACCUUCCUAAAGAAGAAGGGUUUUGUUAAUACUUGACCCACAGAAACAGAACCAAUUCCUUAAAUUAUAGCAACUUUUUUUCUAGUGGUUACCAUUUCUAAGGCAUAAAACAAUAGUUUAUUGUACAGAAAAUAGCUAAUGAAGAAUAAGUAACGUAGACCAUACUGAUUUCUGGCAGUGUCUUUCUUGUGAGAGAGGAAACUACUCUCCCUUUUUAUUUCAGUCAGCUCUUUAUGGGGGGUGGGGGACAUCUAGCUUUACAAAUAGUUAGACCUGGAAAUACUAUUCCAAGUAAUGGAGUCUAAUAGGCUGCUACAUUAUUUCAGGUAUAUGUUCAAAAAUCAACUUCACGGGGUAGACUGAUAAUAGUUACUGACCUCUGGGGUGUGUGUUGUGUGGGGGGUGUCAAAAAAUGAUUUAAAGGCAAGAAAGGAAAAAUAAUUUUUUAUAUUACAAUUAGGAAGAAAGAAUUAUAAACUUAUAUGGAAAACCAUAUAAAUUUACGCAAAUACAGAAUGUGUACAUAAGUAUAUGACAUAAGCCUGUAGUUUUGUAUUAAUGAGUAUACCAGAUUCCAGCUUACUUCUACAUAUUCAAAUCUAGGGAACUUCAAGUUUAGGAAAACACACAUGCAAAAGACUUGAAUCUUUUCCCAGAUUCUUUAGUUCUAAGAUAAACUAAACAGUGGCACAAACUGUGAGAAAAACAUAAGUCAAUAAACAGAACAAUGAAAAGAGCUGGCAUAAUAACCAAAAUGAAAAUGAUGUAAAUGUGAGUAACAGGCGUCUCAGUCCUCAAAAGUAAGGGUGUGGUAUUAGAUCUUGUAAUCUGCUUCUAGGGAUAAGAAUUUUACCGGAUAUGUACUUGGCUUUAAUGUUUUGAUCGCUGUUAACUUUUUAAAGUGGAAAUGCAAAAAAUGGGCAAAUUAGAUAAGUUUGUAGGAAAUUACUAAUAAAGCAACAUAAGUAUUUCUGUUGCAAAUAAAUAACAGGUAGCAUUGCAGAGAAGCAUAUAUUGCGCAAGGACCCAGCUAUGUGAUCCAUGUAAAGAUGAAAGUGUGAUAACAGUGAAGCACUUAUACCUAGAAAAAUCUGGAUAUUCCAUAGCAAAUACUUUCACUUUACCUUUGCUGAAGUUUAUUGUGCUUUUCGUGUUAACUGAAAUCAACCUGUGUGACUUUAUUUUGUCAUUUUUCAGGGCCCCUGAUAAAAAUCUUCGUCUUCCCUGUUCCAGGUUUAAGAUCAGGAGUAGAAGAAGCAGGUACAAGUAAAGAGUGAAAAAAAUCAUGGUGAUCGGAAAGAUAACAUGAAAGGUCAUCACUGAGCUUCACAGGCUAAUUCCCCAGAGGAGACCUAAACCGCAUCAUUCAGUCAUCAUUCUGGACGUUGCUUUUUGGGUGUUCUGUCAGCCUCCAGGGUGCCCCACCUUACUAAGUUGGCACUCCCUGCAAUGCCUGGCCUAUUGGGAUACCGUGCCAACGUAUCUGCCUUCUCAGCCAGUUCCUAGUAUUUCAGAGAAAAGUAAUAGUACCAGUGAUUAAAUGGAUAAUACAUCAUAAACCCACUUUUUUUUUUUUAUAGAAGUUACUUGUACCUUUACAAAAACAAAGGGGAGGGAAGGAAAACUUGCAUCUGUGCUGAACGUUCAGAUAUGUAGAUUUACUAAACUAUUACACACUUGAAAACAAGCUACAUUUUUCAAAAUAGGUGGUAGGGCCAAAAUUCAGCUCUUAAGUAAAGCAGGCAUUUAACAGCUCGAUAUAAGUACAAUUUCCAGUCCUCUCCAUUCUAAGUUUACAAGUCAUCAAUGACUGUAAUGUCAAUGUUCCUAUUAAAAAUAAGUGCAAUAUAAUUUUUGCUAAUCUUUAGAAACAUUUACAGAGCUUUUUCCCUACUCUCAAUGUUUAACUGCUCACCUUUUCAAACUUUUAAGAAAAGGAGGUCUUCAGAGGAAUGACAUCACAGAGGAAGUGGGUAAGUAGUUUCUAAGGGCUUAUAACAACUUGUACCCCACGUUUGGGGCCUUAUUUUAUAUAGGCCAAUGAGCUGGGAAAUUCCUUAAUUCAUGACUUUUUACCAUUUUCAUGCAUAUCCUUUAAAUAUCACAACAAUCCUGUGACAUAAUUAUCCUAUACCCAUUAUCUAAAACUCCAUGCUAUUAGUAACUUAUUUCAGAUUGUGGACACAUUGGCCAUGUAUCUAGUCUGACACCUUUUCAUAAAAUGAAAUUUUCCUUUUUUAAAAUUUAAGAGUAAUUUGGGGAUACAGAAAGCACAUAGUUCAAGUGAUACAUUCAUUCAUUUAAUGUAUAACUAAUCUUCCAGGCACUGGGAUACAUCAGUGAACUAAACCGAACAAGGAUCCCUGCCUUUGUGCCAUUCAAAUUCCAGCUGGGGAGACACACAAUAAGCAUAACUAAAUAAAUUAUAUGUUACAAUAUGAUAAAUCCUGUAGAAAAAAGUAAAGUUGAGUAGGAUUAGAGGGAUGGGGAGUGGUGGGGUUAGUGAUUAGGUUGUAAUAUUAAAUAGCGUAGUCACAGUAAGCUCCAUUGAGAAACUGACAUUUGAGCAAAUACCUGAAGGAGUUAACUAUCCAGCUAUCAGAGAAGAGAGAGGGAAUAGUCAGUGCAGAAGCCCUAUAGUAGGACCAGGCCUAGAAUGUGUGAAGGGCAGUGUCUACAAAGCAGAGGGUUUAAAGGGAAGAGGAAAUGAGGUCAAAAGGUAAUGGAAUAGGAGAUUUGUAGGCUGUUGUAAAUAUUUAGCUCUUACUCUGAGAAAAUGGAAAGCCAUGGUAGGAUUUUAAGCAGAAAAAUGGAAUGAUCUGACAUUUUUCCAGCAUGACUUUGGCUGCCAAAACUACACUGGGCCAAAGGCAGAAAUAGAGACGCUCUUAGAGUCUUACUGGGUAACCUGGGCUGAGACAGUGGAGAUUUGGACCACAGGGAUGACAGCAGAGAUGGUAAAAAGCUGUAUCUGGAUAUAUUUUGACAGUAGAGUCAACAGGGUUUUCUGACAGAUUGGAAGUGCAGUACGAGAGAAAUAGAGGAUCAAGGAUGGCACUAAGGCUUAUGUUCUAGAAUGUGGACUUGCCAUCAACUGAGAUAGGGAAGGCUAUGAGUGGGAACAGGUUUUAUGGGGAAAAAUGAGGAAGUCAGUUUUGGACAUGUUGAGUUUGAGAUGAAUAUUAGACAUUCUAAUGAAAUAAUGUGUAUUGAUAACAUCCUAUACAACAGACGUGUCAUUUAACCUUUUUUUCCCUCUUGCUAAUGCUAACAGCCACAGAAUUAGCAGUUGAAAAGUUCUAAUUUAUUUGGAAUGUUAGAAAAUGUGUUGUUAUAAUAAUUCCCAUGAGCUAUUAUUCUCAAUUCUGAAAGAUAAGAAACCUAAAAAGGGAAUGUACAUGUACAUGUAUGAGAGUAAUAUAAAUCUGUCAGGUGUUAGGGGGAGGGCACACCACAAGGCUUCCCUGAAGGCUGUCCACAUAAGGCAGCUUAACUCACCGUCCUAAACCAUUUGUUGACAGUGAUAACAAUGGGCUAAUGAUUUUAAAGAUGGUUCUGGGAGUUUGACCUCUCGUAGGGAUAUCUGAAUAGUGAAGAAUCAAGUAGACUUUGGAAAAGCAUGAUUAGCAUUUUAAAUAGGUUUUUGUCUAGAUAUUUACUUUGAAAUUUCAAAAAGAAACUAAAGUGGUACUUACACAUAUUGAAAAACUGAUCCUAGGAGAUGGUGGGAACCAGGUUUCUCACUGUUGGAGUGGGAGGUUACAGACAAGAGAGGAAGGCUAAAAUGAUUCAUGUGAUAUGGUGGAUUAGGGUUGGAGACAUCAGUAAGUACUCACGUUUGGCUUAAUAUAGAUACAGAGAGAGAAAUACUCAUAGAUGUAUAUGUACCCAGCGUAGUAUAUGCCUAUAUUUCUUGCUCUGUCAGGUGAGAGGGCCUAGAAGCAAACACACUUCAUCAGGAAAAAGCAAACCUAACAUCCAGAUCUUGGUUUCUAAUACCAUUUCCCAUAAAAGCAAUGAAGGCUUCUUAGAGAAAUGGCUCAUCCCUAGGCUAUAGUAGGGAAUAUGCCAGAUGAACCUGGAGCAUCUCGUAGACUAUUAGCAAGUGCUCGAAAUCCUCCAGCAUUGGUGGGGGUGCGUCAGAGAGUACAGGAGCCAACUGGAAAAGCUCCCAAUGACCAUAGCAAAAACAAUUUGAACAAAAUAAAUAACACAGUAUUGGAUUAUAACCCAAAGGAUAAAAUAAAUAUCCAUGAGUGUAUACUGAAAAAAGUGAUUGAAUAAAUAAAUGAGAAUAGGCAAAUUUCUCAGGCAAAAGAAUUCCAAAUUUGUAAAUAUUUCUCUCUCAAGGAGAUGGAGCAUUAGCCCCCAUCCCUUAAAUGUGGACUAUAUAUAGUGACUUACUUCCAAAGAAUACAGGGUAGAAAGGGGGAAAAUAAUAACUUUAUAGUAGAGACCAACACUACCUCAGCCAGAUGAUCAAGAUUAACAAAGGCUUGAUAUACAAUGAGAAAAGAGAUAAGCAGGGUAAUUUCUCCUAACCACCAUCUCUUCUCCUUACUCAUCGAUUGCACAAAUCUGGUCCACUGCUAAAUGUUAGAUGUGAACUUUAUGGCCAUUUCCCCAUGCUCUGUUUUUUGGAUUGUUUAUUCUUUUACAGUACUUUGAUUUUCCAGUUUUGGCUUAUGAGGGAGUUUGCUCAACCUAGAUCCAAAAAUGCUUUGCUUACAUCACUUCUGAGAAUUAAAAACAGACAUGAUGUAAGUAACAAUGUUGAUUAUUUCAGAACAAAAUAAAACACACAAAUUGUGAAAGGUUAAAAGCUAAUUUGACCUUAAUCAUUGUAUAUACAUAUAGGAUGUGUAAAAUUUUAUAAGACUGGUUUCUAAAAGCAAUAAUUCUCAUUAGGUAGUAAACUUUGCAUUUAAUCUAGGGUAUAACUCUUAAAAAUAAUAUACAUUCCUCUUCAAUUAGUGUAUUUUUCUGACAAACCUGAUCAGUAUAUAUUGUCAUUCUAGAUAACUGAGCCCUCAAAAAUCUAUUUUCCCUACUUUGCUGUUUAUGUAGGUCUCAUUUCAUUUUUAAGGCCCCUCAACUAAGAAAGAUAUUCUAUAGGUUAAAAAAAAUGUAUUUUACUUUUACAGUAAUUAAGUGUAUAUCCUCAGAGAAUAAAUUUUGUUUUCAUGUUUCACUAUUAUAGAUCCAUACAAGUUAUAUACACAUUUCUAAUAUUGAGAUAUCUUGUUUAGGAUAUCAUAAUUUAUUACAGCAUUAUAUAGAAGUCAACAUGCAAUUUUCUAGUACAUAAAGACCAGGCAAGUUUUCUUUGCAAAUGCCAACACGGAUGUUGUUUGGUGACUUAAAUUUAAAACUACAGUUAACCUCACUAUAUGCAGUUUUUUAAAACCUACAAUUUUGUUAACACAUAAGAAAUCAUAAAUGCUAAUAUUUGUUCUGGACGUCCCUGUUGUUCAUGGCAACAAAAUUUAUCCGCUAUGGAAUGGAAUAAGAAUCUGUUGCGUAUUAAAAAACUACUCAAGUUCAGCCUCUAAAUAUAGGCUUUGGCAGUUAAAUAUAGUUGCUCUAAACUUUUGUAUUUUCUAGCUUCAAAAGAGGGCAGGGGAAAGACCCUUAAGAAAUGUUUUCAAACAGUGAGGAUUCCUUAGCUUAAAAGCAUUCAUGCCAUUACUAUGCGAAGGUAUUGGGGGGGGGGACCCUAGUCUUUUUUCAUAUUCUCAACUGGUAGCAAUCAACAUAACAUGACUUAGAAACCAAAAUAUUUUAUGUGUCCAGAGUACUCUUCUAAGAGGAAAUGAGAAUGUUUUGCAAAUCACUGCAGGAACCAUAAACAGGGGAGACGGCAGAAGAACCCAGGGAUGUGCCAUAAUACAACAGUCAAAUGGGGUCAGGUAGAAGGGUGGAAAGAAUUAUGCCUGUGGCAAGUACAAGUUUAUAAACCCCAGUUUCUCCAGGUUGUAAGGGGCAUCUGCAUCCCCAUGAUGGCUAGUGGUCACAACACUAGACUUAAACCAAAAGUUGCUAUUUGGUUUUUUGUUUUGCUUAGCUUUUCAUAUGCCAACUGUCUCUUCUCAUUGUCACCUGAGUGAGGUCUCUGCUGACAUCCCUGGCUGUGGUGUCUUUUACCAUCAGUGAUUCAUCUCAACCCAUUAAAUGUUGGCACAGAUAGUAUUAAUAGCCAAGGGUCAAGACUUUUAAAUUUCUUGCCUAAAAGUUCCUGUUGUUGACAGCUCACGGCCUAUGGAUCUGACUCAGAAAGAAAUAGGUCACUUACUGACCCACCAACAUCACCUCCUUGAUUUGAGGGAAGGGGCACUUCUCAUCUGAAAGUUGACACAGCCCACCCAGACUAAUUUGAAAGAGAUAGGAUUGCUGCUGAAAAGUCAAGGAAGCAAGCCGCAUACAAUGAAUGGUGACUGGAGAUUAGUUGUGAACUUGGCAAGAAUAGAGCCUAUGAUGGGAGCAACAACAACUGAAUCUUGGAUGCCAUUGCUCAAAGGAAACUGAUAAAUCCUGAAUUUUCCAUUUAUGUGUAAUAGCUGUGACUUUGUUCCUACAUAGUUUGUGAUAAAUUUCUAAGCAUUGCUAAA